CCCUCGCCAUGCACAGCUUUUCAACUUUAGUAUACAUAGCGAUAUUUUCAAUACGGUGCAGGGCUAUAAUUGUAAGGGACGAUGAUCCUGAUACCACCCCUAAAACUUACACGUAUUCGGAUUCCGAACUAGCCAGAUCCGAAGUGGGUUAUACACAAGAAAAUUACUACAAGCCUCUUAGGCGUGAGGAUACUCGAGUCUAUCAAUACACGUCAGAGGAAACUAAUCAAGAAGCAGACUACACCCAGCAGCAGGCAGAUCAGGACCCUGAGAAUUACCCUUUUGCGCAAAGGGGCCACAGACAACAAAUCGGAAGGCGAAGGAUUCCAGCGAAAAAACAAUACGUGGAGCAAUAUUUGAAAGAAGUCCCACCUACGACAAAAACAGUUUACAAUCAGAGAUCUGGAAAUUAUUUACGCUUGAAUAGCCAGCCUCACGAUAGAGGUAUAAAAGAACAAACGGAAUUGCAGAGAAGCAUUCUAAAACAGCCAUCAAUUCAGUACAUUGUACAAUCGGACUUGCAAGAAAAAUCUGGGACGCAGCAGCAAAUCAAGUACGUCAUUCCAGAAAAACCUGCACAACUUCGAUCGAGCGACCAACAGUCCAACUCCGCUACUUUAACGGCUUAUCAAAAUGCCCUGCUAGCCCAUCAGAAAGUUCUGGAAACCGAGGGUCAAGACGAGACGUCUUCAAGAUCGUCUAUUUACGUGUCUCACAGUAUUCCAAAGAAACCGGUGCGAAAAAUUGUGAAACCAACACCAAGGGAUGAAGACGCGGAACGGUAUACGCAGUUGCAGCAGUACGAAGUCCAACAAAAACAGCCUGGGUACGAGCAACCGUCGGCUGAAGUUAUGUAUCAAGCCAAACUUGAAUAUCCAAAUGGAGGUGCAGAGUUUCCAUCUCCCACAAAACUGCCCAAGUACGAACGCGAAAAAGAACUUAUCAGACAACGCCUGCAAGACUUAUCGCAAUAUCAACAAAUACCUGGCGGGGAACCGUUACACCAAGAAGAGAAAAUUAUUUAUCAACCGCAACAAUUAGCGAUAUAUCAGCAAGUAUUAUCCAGUAGAGAAGGCAAAAUUAAUGAACAAUCUCAACAUCCUGAAGGAAUAUUGGAAUAUAAGACACCGUCAAGGGUUGAAGAACCAGGACCUGCGCAAUACCGACAGCCAGCUUACGCGAAAAAAGGACAUAAAUAUUUACCUGAACCGAAAACAGUGCAGUACCAGGCAUCAGUUGCAGACGAAGCAGAAGGGAAGUACCAGCAAGUCCAUAUUCCAAAUCAGCGCUCAGAAGCUUUAAUAUCUUUCGAAGCUGCUAUUGCUAAAUUGCAAUCGGAAAAGCUUAGGGCUAGACAACAAGGACUGAGGCCUCAAGCGGCUUACCAACAAGAACCAGGUACUGAAACGGCAGGAUAUACACUACUAACGGGUGAAAACCAAGAUGCAAACCUUCCAGAAGCGGGAUACAUAAGAAUUGGAGAUACUAAUAGAUACAGGUCGGUCGAUAAUGCCACUCCUGUGUCUUAUAGACAGCCCCAGCAACCUGCUAACAUUAGAUAUUACAGAAGACCGGCUAUUUCUUAUUCCUAACAGUAGUGAUUUUAUUCGGAAACGGAUAAAAUUAGACUUAAAAAGCAUUUGUAAUAUAUAGCGCGUUUAUUUGUUAUUUUUUUAAAUACUUAUUUUCAAAAAAGUAUUUAUUUUAUUUAAUUAUG